UUGUCCUGUGACGUAGUUUGCGUAGAGUCGUUCAAUACUCACAUUAGCGAAUUUUAUCAUUUUUGGGAGGAGAAUAUGUAUUAUAGAAUCAGAUAAUCGUUACUCUAGUGUGCUCACUUAAAACCUAUUGGUGUCGUCGUUUACACAUCUACAAUUCACAGACGAAAAUGACCGAUUUGACAGAUUCUCUAACCAAAGAGGGCUGGUACCUCAGCGACGAAGGCAUAGCAGAACUGAAAGGAUCUGCUGAAAAAAUAACACACAAUGACAUUAUUCGUAUUGCCCUUGAUAGUGAUAUUAGGCCUCUUGGGAGAAAAUGUCUACCGUCUGAUAUCAAUAGUGGAAGAACUGAGAAGUUGGAGGGUCCAUGUGUUCUCCAGGUGCAGAAGGUGAGGAACAUCUCGGCUCCUAAAAACCAUGAGGAGUCCCAGGGCGCACCGCGAAUGCUGCGUCUACAAAUGACAGAUGGGCACACCACCUGUGUUGGAUUGGAGUUUAAACACUUGUCUAAGAUCAGUCUUAAUACCCCUCCUGGAACAAAGGUAAAGCUCCUUGGUACCAUCCAGGUUAAAAAUGGUAUUUUGCUGCUCGAUGACUCAAAAAUCUCUGUCCUUGGAGGAGAGGUUGAUCACAUGGUGGAGAAAUGGGAACUGCAAAGGAGUCUGGCCAAACACAGCAGGAGUAACAUUGGAGCAGAAGGUGGUCCUCCUCCCUUUGUGCCAUUUGGUCAGAAGUGUGAAAGGAUGGAUGAUGUAGACAGCAGAGAGCUAGACCAGAGAAAGACCCUGCCGACUCACAGUGUGCUCAAAAGUGCAGACGAGAAUGAUGAGUUUGAAAAGCAGCGGACAGCAGCCAUUGCUGAGGUGGCCAAGAACAAAGAGGGUCCCCGCACGUUUGGUGGUGGAGGAAAUGCAGGCAGUAAUUUAUCCAAUGCUGCUUCCUCCUUUCGGGGCAGAGACUCAUACCAGCAGAGGAGACGAGAAGACAGGGUCGAAAGACCUGAAAGCAGACAAGAUGGAAACUAUCGAGAGCUGGUGGAUGAACGUGCUCUGAGAGACAUCAUGGAGAUGGGCUUUAACAGGGAGGCUGCUCGGCAGGCUCUAAUGGAUAAUAACAACAACCUUGAAGUGGCACUAAACAGCCUACUGACUGGAUCUACUGGUAGCAGACCUGGCCCUGGCCCUGUUGUAGCAGAAUCUAACAGGCACCAACCCAGAGCCAGAGGAAGGGGAAGAGGCAGGUCAAGAAAUGAAGAUGAGGAGGAGGGAGCCGGGGGAAGGCCAUCUGGACCAAGCACUCUGUUUGACUUUCUGGAAUCCAAGAUGGGAGUUUUCUCCAUUGAUGAGCCAAAGAGUCAGGCACCUCAGAGACAUCGUGAGAGUAAAGGGAAUUUCUCCAACUCAGACUAUUACUCCAAAGACACAUCUCAGAUCAAGUUGUCCUCGCAUAAUGACCAUAGGCAACAAAGGAAUGACAGACCACCUCGCUUCCACAGGGACACUGAUUUUCCCAAACCUGGCCAAGAGCCUCUGUCUAACUGUGGAACUUCCCAAUCCUCAUCAGCUCACGCUCCGCAGUGGAAGGGCCAGGAGAGAUGGUCACGAGGCACACCAGACAGACCGCAAAAUGACCGGAGAGAGAUGCGAGAUGAGCAGAUUUUUCCUUCAUCUUUCACGACUACCUUCCCACGUCCAAAAGAACCUCAGCAGCAGAUGGAGUUUAGUGGAUCUUUCCACCAACGAUCCAGAAAUGGAGAUGGUGGUGGUAACAUGGCAGGACCGUCUCACAGGAGAGGGGGAAAAGACAAUGUACCCACAUCUAAACUGACUGAUUCUGCAGGCAGUGAGCUGGAUGUAAAGGGAAAUAAUAAACAUACAGAUAGAAAUGAAGAACCCAACAACAGCAGGAGGAAAGCGAAGACUGACAGGCAGAACUCGGACCACCUUGACCGGCAAAGGGAUGGUGGGCCACCAAACUUUGGUAACUCGAGGGGAAGCUCAGGGACGUCCCAAGAAGUUGGGUUAUCACGGGAUUGUCGAAUCAUGACAGGGGAUACUUCUCAUUUCCAAAAUGGAGAUAUGGAAUACAAAAGAACUGGGCCAAUCAAGCCAACAAACUCAUUGUGUCCCCCAUACAAGGAGCCGCCGGGGAAGAAAAACAUUUCUAAUAACCCAGGACCUAAAAGAAGGUCUGGUCAAGGCAAAGGUCAAGGGCCUCGAGGACCAGAGAAAAGUCAUUUUGUGGAACAGGCUUGGAAACCUGGAGACCAGUGCCUGGCACUGUACUGGGAAGAUAGCAAGUUCUACCAUGCCAGAAUAGAUGCGGUGCAUCCGUCAGGCUCCACGGCUGUGGUUGUAUUUAGCGAUUAUGGAAACUGCGAAGAGGUCCUGCUGCAUAACAUCAAACCUGUUACUGCUGAUGCAAUGUAACAUCACAACCAUAUCAAAUGUGCAAUGGCAGGAGGAAGAUGAUGGUUACUACGACAGUUCACUAGAGUUUCGCCGUGGGGGAGAUGGACAGCCUAGACGCACGAGACCCACACAGCAGUAUUACCAGCCACCCAGGGCACGAGAUUGAUGUGUCUGCGUUUACACUCGCAGGUAAAUAAAUAUGCAAUUGGGUUUUUUCCAUUAAUAAUUGAACAUCAAACACCAGUGUAUGUACACUGUGUGAACAAGGUACCUAUUUUUGUAUGGAAAAUUUUUAUUCACACCCCUCUUUCAUUGUGGUGGGAGUCUUGAAUUAUAUAAUGUGAAAGUAUAGACUGUACAAAAGUCAUUUCUAGGCAUCUCUGUAACCGUAUCUAAUAGCCAACCACAGCUAAAAAGACAAACAAACACAUGCUGUCAUCUUUAUGUGGAAAUUCAUUUUAUAUAAUUAUUUAAACUUUCCACUGCUUCUGCUGUUGCAAUGGGUUGUAUAUUUCACAAGGUCUGGAGCAAUUGUGAUGUUAUAAGAUGCCCAGAUGCCAUCAAAUUGCAAACAUGGUUAAUUUUGUCAACUGGAUUUUAGCGAUUUUCUUUUUCUACAUCCAUCCGUGUGCUUGUCCCAUAUUCUUCCUUGACAAAGAUUGUCACUUUCUGCAACAAUCCAGAGUGCUUCCUGAAUUUUUAAGUCCAUGUCGUCAGGACAUACAAAAACUUUUCAAAGGGCUGGAUAUCAUGCAAAAAUAAAAUAAAAAACUGACAUGAGCACCUGUUGAUUUUGUUAAAGACAUAUCUGCUGUAUAUAUGUUGUGAAGAUUUGUUAAAUGGAUGCAUUCAAAUAAACUGUUAUUAUAGUAUGUAGCGCA